AUGUCAACAGAGAGACACGUGGUUACUGUUUUAAUUUUUGAGAGAUAUGGAAACCAAUUACUCGAAGAAAUGGGCAAAAUUGCAUUAAAAUAUCCUGAGCUCCAAAUUGCUUGUUUUCUGCAUUUUAAUGAUUUCAAAGAAUCAAACCAUUGGGGGAAUACAGAUAUUUUAGUCCUUCACAUUAGAUCACAAACCGAAUUAGAUGAAUCCUUAGCAAAUAAUCCUAUAAAAUGGGUUCAUUCUCUUAGCGCAGGGGUUGAUACGAUAAUACAUUCAGAAUUGCUAAGGAGUAUGAAUAUUCCAUUAACUAAUGCUAAAGGAGCGUAUGACCGUGGAAUUGCUGAGUGAUGUAUUACAUCUAUGCUUUAUUUUCAAAAAAAUAUGCAACUGCUAUUUGAGCAGCAAAAAAAUCAUUCUUAUAAGCUAUUCCAAAUGCCAACUUUAUAUAGAACAACCUUAGUCAUAUUAGGAUAUGGAUCUAUAGGAAGAUACGUAGCUAAAUUAGCGAAAGUUUUUGGGAUGAGAAUUAUUGGAAUUAAACAAACUGCAUCAGAGCCAGAUGAAUAUGCUGAAGAAAUCGUAGAAAUUAGCAGACUUCAUGAAUUUUUGCCUCAAGCUGAUUUUUUUGUUAUGGCCCUGCCAAAACAUUCAUUGACUGUAGAUAUUAUUGGAGCCAAAGAGCUAUCGCUUCUGAAAAAUAGCGCAGUUUUAAUUAAUGUAGGGAGAGGAAUAAAUUUAGAUGAAGGUGCUUUAAUUCAAGCUCUUUAUACUAGGACUAUUAGAGGUGCAGCGCUUGAUGUAUUUAAAAAUGAACCUUUAUCUGCUGAUUCUAGACUUUGGGAUACCCCAAAUAUUUUGUUGACCCCACACAACUGCGCUGUUGUAGAUAAUGUGAUUGAGCUUUCUGUAAAUGUAUUCGAAAAACAUUUAAAAGAAUUUUUUGAAGGAUCUAUCAAAUCUUCAGUCGACUUCAAUAAAGGCUAUUAA